AGUCACAGUCUAUGGUCCCACACCCAGUCCUCCUGCUGCUCUGCCAUCAACUACUCUCGAGGGUCAUCAAGAACCAUGGUGUCCAGAAGCUUUGCUGCCGUCUUCAUUUUUGAACUCCUGUUCUCAGACUUAGAAGGACUCACAGAUAAUGGGCUGUGGAUGUGCCACCCAGCACCCAAGUGUGGGAAUGAGAUCUACAAUCCCUUGGAGCAGUGCUGUGAUGAGGGCACCGUCCUGUCCUUGAACCACACCCGCCUCUGUGGUGCUAACUGCACUUUCUGGCCCUGCUUCCAGCACUGCUGCCUUGAGUCCUGGGGCUCUCAGAAUUGGGCCACUGUCAGGUUUAAGGUCCCAGGCACUAAAUCCAACUGCAUUGCCGCCCCCCUCAGCAGGAUCUGUGGCCAGGUAAGAGUCCAGUUCUGGCUGUGGGCAGGGCAGGGGGUGGCAUUUGUUGCAUCAGUCUCUGCUGAGUUUCCCAUCACCCAUCUCUGGGUCCAGCCAUGA